CCAAAGUGAACAGUAGCCAACAUGUCAGGGUGGGAGUUGUAUUACAAAAUCGAGGGCGAUGAAGAAGCAGAAGAGGAACAAGAAGAGAACCUUGAAGCAAGUGGAGACUAUAAAUAUUCAGGAAGACAUAGUUUGAUUUUUUUGGUUGAUGCCUCCAGGGCUAUGUUUGAAUCUCAGAGUGAAGAUUUGACUCCUUUUGACAAGAGCAUCCAGUGUAUCCAACGUGAGUUGGAUAAUCCAAGUGCAAAACAAAUUCUAGAGCUUGACCAGUUUAAGGGGCAGCAGGGACAAAAAUGUUUCCAAGACCUGAUGGGCCACAGAUCUGACUACUCGCUCAGUGAAGUGCUGUGCAUCUGUGCCAGCCUCUUUAGUGAUGUACAAUUCAAGGUAAGUCAUACGAGGAUCAUGCUGUUCACCAGUGAAGACAACCCUCAUGGCAAUGACAGUGCUAAAACCAGCCGGGCCAAGACUGAGGCCAGUGAUCUCUGAGAUCCAGGCAUCUUCCUUGACUUGAUGCACCUGAAAAAACCUGGGGGCUUUGACAUAUCCUUGUUCUAUAGAGAUACCAUCAACAUAGCGGAGGAUGAGGACCUCAGGGUUCGCUUUGAGGAAUCCAGCAAGCUAGAAGACCUGUUGCAGAAGCUUUGCGCCAAGGAGAUCAGGAAGCAAGCACUCAGCAGGUUAAAGCUGAAGCUCAACAAAGAUAUAGUGAUCUCUGUGGGCAUUUGUAGUCUGGUCCAGAAGGCUCUCAAGCCUCCUCCAAUAAAGCUCCAUCAGGAAACAAAUGAACUAGUGAAAACCAAGACCCUGACGUUUAACACAAAUACAUGCAGUUUGCUUCUGCCUAGUGAUACCAAGAGGUCUCAGAUCUGUGGAAGUCAUCAGAUUAUACCGGAAAAAGAGGAACCAGAAGAGCUAAAAUGGUUUAAUGAUCCAGGUUUGAUGCUCAUGGGUUUCAAACCCUUGCUAAUGCUGAAGAAGCACCAUUACCUGAGGCCCUCCCUGUUCGUGUACCCUGAGGAGUCGCUGAUGAUUGGGAGCUCAAUCCUGUUCAGCACUCUGCUCAUCAAGUGUCUGGAGAAGGAGGUCAUAGCAUUGUGCAGAUUCACACCCCACAGGAACAUUCCCCCUUAUUUUGUGGCUUUGGUGCCACAGGAAGAGGAGUUGGAUGACCAGAAAAUUCAGGUGACUCCUCCAGGUUUCCAGCUGGUCUUUUUACCCUUCACUGAUGAUAAAAUGAAGAUGCGCUUUACUGAAAAGGUCAAGGUCAUGGCAACUCCAGAGCAGAUGGACAAGAUGAAGGCUAUUAUUCAGAAGCUCUGCUUCAUAUACAGAAGUGACAGCUUUGAGAAUCCCGUGCUGCAGCAGCACUUCAGGAACCUGGAGGCCUUGGCCUUGGAUUUGAUGGAGCCUGAACAAGCAGUAGAUGUGACAUUGCCCAAGGUUGAAGCAAUGAAUAAAAGACUGGGAUCUCUGGUGGAUGAGUUUAAAGAGCUUGUUUACCUGCCAGAUUACAAUCCUGAAGGGAAAGUUACCAAGAGAAAGCACGAUAACGAAGCUUCUGGGAGCAAAAGGCCCAAGAUGGAGUAUUGAGAAGAGAAGCUGAAGACCCACAUCAGCAAGGGCACGCUGGACAAAUUCACUGUGCCCAUGCUGAAAGAGGCCUGCCGGGUGGACGGGCUGAAGAGUGCACUAAAGAAGCAGGAGCUGCUGGAAGCCCUCACCACGCACUUCCAGGACUGA